AAGUGAGCCUCCAUCAAUACUUCUAGGUACAAUAUUUCAAUCUGAAAAAUGUCAACAGUUUUUUCUAUUUAUUUGUUUAUUUAUUUGUAUUUGCACUCAGAUAACCAGAGAAGCUUUUCUUAGAUUAUCACCUCUUUAACUGGACUCAGAUCUCGACAGGAAAUGCAGAUUUUCUCUGACAAGUUAACUGGGUCAAGUCGAGUAACGAGGAACAAGAGGAGGAGUCAGUUUGACUUAAAAAAAAAACGUUUUUUUGAAAAUUAUUUUUUUCUCACAUCUAGUGUAACUGUGGAUUUUAACUUAUUUUUUAAUGAAAUACAUUAUGCAACAUAAUUAAAAAGUUUUGCCUAGAAGAAGAGUAUAUAAAAAUAACAUUUCAAUGGCAUAUUUAAGUUUAAAAAAAUACAUAAAUUUAAGUUUUAAGUUCACAUUAUACAGGACCUAACUAUAAUUAUAUUUCUGAAAGACAAAUUGCAAAUGUGCACCUUUUAAAACAACCUCUGUAUUCGCAGAGUGCAGUUAUGCCGACCAAAGUCUUUGCUGAACUAACGAAUCCGUCUACUUGUUUCAAAGAGGAUUAGAGCUCCUUCUGCUUAGCUUAGUUGCCUCAAAUUAGGAUGAAGGUAAGGAGAGGUCUGCUGUCUACAGCAGCCAUCUGUCUGCCAGGUGGACAGUCGGGAAGUGCUGCUGCUCCUGCCGCCGCCGAUGGAGACGAGGCUGGAACUAGAUGUUUUGAUAUACCCAGAUGAAGUGAGGGUUGCUACUCCGGAGGAUCUCAGGGAUUGGGAAUUGGAGACGGCCAGCCAACUGUCCAUUCCCACCGCUCGAAUCUUUGUGGCACUUUACCCAUACAACCCUGCUGCCAUGUCUCCCAACUACGAGCGAGCUGCAGAGGAGCUGCCCUUCGUGCCAGGCCAGAUAAUCCAGGUGUUUGGAGACAAAGACGUUGAUGGUUUUUACCACGGAGAGUCUGGUGGUCUGUCUGGUUAUGUGCCAAGCAACAUGGUGGCUGAAAUCCCAGUGGAAGACGAGUACCUGAAGCAUCUUCUCAUGCAGCAGGGAUUCAUCCCAGUUGAUCACACAGGUAUGUCUUUGACGCCAGAUCUGAGCGACACAGUCAGCGUGCCCGAUGAUGUGUCCGUUCGCAGAAUGAUCGCCUUAUUCGACUAUGAUCCAUGGGAGAGCUCCCCCAACAUGGACAGCGAGGCCGAAAUGGGCUUUCGAUGUGGAGACAUCAUCUAUGUUUUGGGUGACAUGGAUCAAGAUGGAUUCUAUUAUGGGGAUCUUCACGGUCGGCGAGGUUUGGUUCCAUCAAACUUCCUGCAGCCGUUACCCUGGAAUUAGAGGAGACUUGCUAACCUGUUUUGCUACGAAUGCCAAGUUUCUUAGGAACGAGGAGAAAUCUGCAGCUUUUACUGAGAAAAUAGCAGAAAUGUGUCAAAAAAUGUGUAUUUUUUAAGUUAUUUUCAUACGAUGGAGUGCAAAUAUUUGACCAACAUUUGCAACCAGGAUGUUGCAAAGAGUUCUCAUCAAUUGUAAAUUUAUUGCACAAUUUCAACAUAUUUUGAUAUAUAUAGAUAUAUAAAAAUACAAACAUUUCAAAUAAAUCCUGAUGUUUUUAUUCAGUUGAAGAAGACAGAAAAUAUGUGACAUGAAUGGAUCCAUUUUGCCUUAUAUUACAUUUGUACAUUUUAUAAUAAUUCUGACCAUAUAUGCAGAAAGAAUGUUAUUUUUUUUAGGUUUGUUGCAAU